AUGAGUACAUCUCCAGAUAUUGGACCAUCUCAAGACAUUACUCCAUCCAAGAGCGGGUCUGAAGACCAAGGCUCUCAAAACUCUAGGGUCAUGAAUGCCCCUGAACCAAAGCUUCCAAGAUCCAGUCAUGAGGAAGACUUUGAGCACUUAAGAAGUGAGGCAGAGGCUGCUGCUGCUGCCAAGCCCGGCUCUGCUUACGUUUUCGUAAGUAUUUGCUGUGUUAUGGUUGCCUUCGGUGGUUUCGUCUUCGGCUGGGAUACCGGUACGAUUUCCGGUUUCGUUAACAUGAGCGAUUUCAAACAAAGAUUUGGGUCUUAUUCACACACUGAUCACGAUUAUUACUUAUCAAACGUCAGAAUGGGUCUAAUUGUUGCUAUCUUUAACAUCGGUUGUGCUAUUGGUGGUGUCUUUUUGACCAAAGUCGGUGAAGUCUACGGACGUAAGAUUGGCUUGACCACAGUUGUUGUUAUUUACGUUAUUGGUAUUAUCAUCCAAAUUGCAUCCAUUAACAAGUGGUACCAAUACUUCAUUGGUAGAAUUAUCUCCGGUUUGGGUGUCGGUGGUAUUACUGUUUUGUCACCAAUGUUGAUUUCCGAGACCGCUCCAAAGCAUUUGAGAGGUACUUUAGUUUCAUGCUACCAACUGAUGGUUACUUUUGGUAUCUUCUUGGGUUACUGUACUAAUUACGGUACUAAGACUUACACCAACUCUGUCCAAUGGAGAGUCCCAUUGGGUCUAUGUUUCGCCUGGGCCAUUUUCAUGAUCAUUGGUAUGACUUUCGUCCCUGAAUCACCACGUUUCCUUGUUGAGGUUGGUAGAGUUGAGGAGGCCAGACGUUCUUUGGCUAUCGUGAACAAAGCGGAUUUGGAAGACGCUGUCGUCACCCUAGAGCUUGAAACAAUUAUUGCUAGUGUUGAGGCUGAAAAAAUGGCUGGUGAAGCUAAGUGGAGCGAAUUGUUCUCUGGUAAGGCAAAAAUGUUCAGACGUACAUUUACUGGUAUCAUGAUCAUGUCUUUGCAACAACUUACUGGUGAUAACUACUUUUUCUACUACGGUACAACCGUUUUCAAGUCUGUUGGUCUUUCUGACUCUUUCCAAACUGCAAUUGUCAUUGGUAUCGUUAAUUUUGCAUCAACCUCUUUCUCUUUGUACACCGUUGAUAAGUUCGGUCGUCGUAACUGUUUGUUGUACGGUUGUGUUGGUAUGGUUUGCUGUUAUGUUGUUUAUGCAUCGGUCGGUGUUACUAGACUAUGGCCAGACCCAAGCAACCAUGACAUUUCCUCCAAGGGUGCUGGUAACUGUAUGAUUGUCUUCACGUGUUUCUACAUUUUCUGCUUUGCUACUACCUGGGCUCCAAUUGCAUAUGUGUUCAUUUCGGAAAGUUAUCCUUUGAGAGUUAAGGGUAAGGCCAUGUCCAUUGCUUCCGCUGCAAACUGGAUUUGGGGUUUCUUGAUUGGUUUCUUUACUCCAUUCAUUACGACCGCCAUUAACUUCUACUAUGGUUACGUCUUUAUGGGUUGUAUGGUCUUCGCUUUCUUCUAUGUGUUCUUCUUGAUCCCUGAAACCAAGGGCUUGACUUUGGAAGAAGUUAAUGAAAUGUAUGAAGAAGGUGUUCUCCCAUGGAAGUCCGCUUCUUGGGUUCCUUCCUCUAGAAGAGGUGAAGAAUAUAACGCCGAAGAUUUGAAAAACUCUGACAAGGACGUCAAAUGGUACAAGAGAUUCUCCUAA